UGAAACCUCCGCUUCAACCGUGUCCGUUCGUUCUUCAAUUGAAUUCCUAUUCCCUUCACUCUUGGCCUUGUCCCAUAUUUUAUCUUCUGAUAGUCCUCUGGUGUACAUGCUUGACCGAUCUGUUUGGACUGGCUUCUGAUCUGAUAGCUGCACUUUUUCUCCGCGUUUCACUAGUUACAACGGAGCGCACUCGCUCCUGGUAUCUCCGGGUUGAUUCUGAUCUACCACCGACACCUAAUUUUGAGGCUCACAUUCAACCUGUCAGGUUGACAGCUCCAUUGCUUUAAUUCGACUAUCGGUACCCCCUUUCGAUCCUCACGAAUCGACCGAACUCUUGUCGCUUGGGAACCCGACAGACAUCCUCGGGCUUUGUCGCGCGCCUCGAUCGAUCGAAAUUGGAAACAUAAUUACAUCCACGCUAUAUCUUCCUUCAACAAAGCAUCCAAAAGUAGAAAUACCUGAUGGUCCUUCCCUGAACUCAAAAGAUCGCUGUUGCAGCGUUAGUUGAUCAUGCUUCUCGUCCGUUCUCUCGCCCGUCUCGUGGAUAGUUUAAUACGUUAAUUGACCGUUCGGCUCGCAAAACGACGAACUGGGAAGCGAACCGGCAGUCGACAUUUAGAUCUACUUAUUUAUCGUCCCCUUCAUCUCCCGCCAUGCUUUCCACUAUGAUCCGCCCCGAGGAUUCGAUCAGAAUCCCUCGCUCAUACCGUGGUGAUGUUGAAGAGGAUGAUGUGAGUAGGCGAAUCCCAGAUCUCAACAUUCUUUCUUCGUCAUCGUCCUCAUCCAAUACGGAGGGGCCGGAACAAAGCGAAGAUGAAUUAACGCCGGUAAAUGGAUCGGCAGGUGACGGGAUCGGUAGUGUUGGCAAGCCUCACACAGGACCUCGACUUCUCUCGCCAGAAGAGACGAUUGAACUUGCCCGUUGCGCCGUGGAAAAUGGGAUCCAAGAAACAAAGCGCUCGUUGGCAGGAAGUGAAGCAGUUAGUGAUGUUGUGAAACCAAAGUUGACUAUCGACCUGGGCCAUUCGAACAUCGUCCGCAUUCCCGAACCAGUGGUGGAUAUAAUUAAAGAUGAAGUCGAAAGACUCUCCUUGUCAAACAAUCAGCUGUUUCACAUCCCGUACCGCUUUGCAGAGUGUUCUCAUCUUCGUUACCUUAACAUCAGAGCGAACAACUUCCGGGAGUUUCCUAAGGGUGUCUACAAGCUGCCGCUUCUCGAGAUAUUGGACCUCAGUCGUAACAAGAUUAGCCAUCUUCCCGAAGAAAUAAAAAAGCUGACCUCUCUACGAGUCUUGUCCGUAAUGCAGAAUCGCCUUAAUGAUCUCCCUCUUGGGAUAUCUGAUAUGAAUAAACUUCAGAUCCUCAAGGUCGCUGGGAACCCUUUGCUGAAUCCUUUACGAAAACUCUUAGACUCUUCAGAAACCGAAAUUGCGCCUUCCGCUAUGACAGAUAACGAGAAAGAGGUCGCGGUAACCGCAGAACUUAAACGAUUUUUGAAGACCAGACAGCCUGCCACGGCACCAGAAAAUGAUAAAGGCAGUGAUGCAAGUGAGGCUAUGCUGGAUACCCCCAAGCCCCUCAAACGUGGAAUGAGCAGCCGUUUCCCGGUGAUUCCAAGCACAGGCGACAGCGCGUCAGAUCCCAAGUCACCGUCGCUAUCGCGCCCUCCACCAAUUCCCCUCAAAUCCCAUUACCGUAUUGCCUCCGGGCAGGGCGCGGCUUUCCACCACAACAUCCUCCCGCGACCCGGUACAUUUAUCCCUGGCGUCAAUGAGCGCAACCGAAGUAAUAGUGAGGGUAUCAUCCAGGCGUCCCUUGCCGCGCGAAGUAAACGGAUGGGGGUGAUCAGGAAAAAUGCCGAUCUUGGGAGACUGGAUGAGACCCAACCGUAUCGGAACAGUCACCUUCGGGGCCUUAGCCACGGGUCGAUCCUUCGCCCAAGGGUGCCGGGCAUGAUAAGCAGUAACUCACCCAGCCCGAGCAGUCCAAGGGAGCGCAGGCGCUUGAAGGAUGGCUUUGUAAAUCGGAUGUCAAGCCUACAGGAACAUAAGUGUGAAAGAAAGGCAGUAGAACCGAUCACCGAGUGUGGAAAGGGGGUUCUAUUUGCUCUCUUUCAGGUUCAGUCUCAUGUGUCUGCUUUGAUCAACGUGAUAAAGCGCGACGAUACCCGGCGAAACAGUCUUGAAAUAGUCUUCUAUAAUGCUUCUACUCACGUUGAUCGGCUCAACGAAGCUCUCGAAUAUGCAGAGAGUUCCCAGAUGGAUGAUGCUGACUUGGUGCGGCUGUCGAAUGAGGCUGUCAAAAGGGAAUGCGAGACGUGCAUCAUGGCUUACACUCACGUUGGAAUGCAGCUGCGCAACAAUCUUAGCAAAAUUAUCGCAAAUGGCGACUCUCGCUAUGUGCGUUCUCUGAUGCUAAUGAUAUACGGCAGUAUCAUUGAGCUUCGCAAUGCUUGUGUGAGCCUCGGUGUUCCACUGCACACUCGCAAACGCCUGUCUUCCACCAAGCCGCCCAUACCAGAAAUUAACAGAGAAAUAGUUGGUCCAGACAAGUUCACUGGACCAACAGUUACCCCGACCAGGGGCAGAGAGCCGUCUCUCUCAGUACGUCGCUACCGGAGCGAUACCACCAUCCAGCACCCUCAGAUCAUCACUAGUGGACCGUUGCCAACAUCAUCAAAUUUCCAUUCUGCGAUUAGCUCACCGGGCUUCGUCUCCACACCCUUUAGUUAUGCAGCGCGGAGCCGGUCAAGCAGUCACUCAAACCAUAUAAACACAUCGAUACCCUCGUCCCUCGCCACCCCCCGUUCCGGCGAGUCCUUCCCUCCGAUGCCUAAUACAGUUGUACCUCGGAUCAACCCCUUCACUGGCUUGGACGAAAUAGAAGAAGAGCGAAUAUUCGAACGGAUUUUCCACCAACUGACCACUGCAUAUACCGCUGCUUUACAAGCGCUGCCUCAAGCCCGUCGUCAAUUCGUGCGAUGUCUUGAAGUGGCAGAACACACUCGAGAAUCUGAAGGUAUCCAAAUGCUGUGGAACAACCUCAUCCGUCGAUGUCGUGUUUGUUUGGAGGUAUCUGAAGCACUUGGACUCCGUCUCUCAAACAUGAAGAUAAAGGAGCCUGGUGGCGGAAUGCGUAAUCAGCGGGAGUUUUGGCAACUGUGCAAAGCAUUCAUGCAAUCAUUUGUUGAUCUUGUGACUGAUAUGCGCGAAGUCCGGAACAUGCAUCUUCUCCCUUCUGAGAUUAUCGUGUUCCUUCGUCCAGUGCAGAGGGCCAGCAGGGAGGCUGGUCGAAUGAUCGAGGCUUCACCAUGGUCGUAUCUUGCGGACAUGGCGUCUGGGAACACGCCAGCAAACAUAUACGGCCCCCCUCUACAAUCUCAACACUCACAGCAUCAAAUCAGUUCAAGCCUGUCACCUCAGUCUGUUACCCUACCCGCAACUCCGCUGAGUGCUGCCCUUGGUCCAGCGGCUCAGGCGACGGUGCCGUCUACGCCCGCAAGCGCGUACAGUGAUAAAUUCUUUGAGGGAGACGUGUUUCAGAGGGCCGACUCCCUGCUGUCCAUGCCUAAUCAGGCGCCAUUUUUCAGUCGCCGGUGACGUGGUACAGUUGACACCACUCCAUGUUUCUCCCGCGAGGGCGUCUUGCUAAAUAUCUAUACCCUUGGGCUAAACUAUAAGAGCUUCUAACUUCAAUUCCUAUUCACCCCUGUGGUGAGCUUCGUUUUUCCUCCUCAUGCGAGUGGAGGGCUUCUUUGACCCAUUGGGUGCUUCUACUUGACUGGCUCAAGGGACGCAUGCUUCGCAAAGACUUUCCCCUUUGCUCAGCUGAGAUUAAACUGACCCAGGACAGCUGCUAGGUAUCGUUGUCAGACUGUGUCUGCAGCCUAUCUUACCCUGUUACCUGGGUAUGAUUUGGAUGAUUUUAUACCUAGUUCCAUGACUUGUUUUUAUUUUGCAUUACCUCUGUGUUCUGGUACUGGGAUAAAAUGUUUUUAAUCCGGGCUUAAAAAUGAUGGCGUACAGUGUUGGUGUAGAAUAUAGCCUUGCAUAGCGUGCCAUCUUUUGUGUAAUCAUGCAUGAUGAAAAUAGCGAAAUGAGACCUUGUUUGUUUAAUUAGUAGAUUUAGACGUCAGUUCCAGUGAGAAUCUUUGGUAGCAUUGCAAAAG